AUGUCAACACCUAUAAGAAAGUCUUCAUUCAAGAGAUUGCGCGAGGCGUAUGCAGAAUCCCCCACAUCCCCAUGCACCCCGCCGUGCCAGGACGCCAUCGGCGUUCCUGCCUGGGACCGGCCCCUGCCUCCGGAUGCAGACCCGAGCCAGUGCCCCGCCAUCCUCGACUCCGCCACCUCCCUCAUCCGAGCCGCCAGCCAGUCCCCCCUCAUCUUAUCAGCCCUUGGCGCUCUGAACAGGAGGGGCGCCAGCCUCAGCGAGGACAGCAGGGGCGGCACCCACACCAGCCUGGCCGUGGUGCUCGCCCUGGCUCGCCGGGCUGGGUGUGAAGCCGAGCAGCUGAAGCGGGAGGACCUGCUGCUCACCCUCCUCUGGAUCGCCGACUCCUGGAUGGAUGCGCACCGCUCCUCCGCCACCACCGCCCUGCUGGAGUACCUGGCGCCCCUGUGCCACGCGCAGCCCCAGGUGGCCUCCCGGCUGGCAGACAUCGUGCCCACCCUGGUGCGGAGCAUGGUCGGCCUGCAGGCCGUGCUGCUGCCGCGCCUGGGCUGGCGCCUGCGCCUGCACCCGGACGCCGACCUGGGACGGGCCGCGGCCGCGCUCUCGGCCGUGCGGUGCGCAAACCCCGGCGGGGGCGGGGGGCGGGUGCGGGCCAUGCCCCUCCUCGCGGCCAGGGUGCAGCACGGGGCCCCUGCCGAGCGCCAAGCGGGGUGA